AUGAUACGUGUCAAACUUCUAGGUGUUCCCUACGAUGCUGCCUACAAGAAAAUUUUGGCCGACAUGUUCUCUUUUGCUCUUGACAAUCGCCCACCCCCAUCAAUCUUAUUAAUCUCGAGAGAGAGAGAUUUUGCUCCUCCACUUCAUGUACUAGGUCAACGUGGAUAUACUAUUAUCCUUGUUAUUCCAUUGAGUGUGGGAGUCUCGUCGACUCUGAGUAAUGCAAGUCGAUUUCUAUGGGAUUGGUCUAAUGUGGCUCGUGGGCAUGGGUUUGUGCCACAGGCUAGUGCAAUUGUUGCUCGAUUUCCAGUGAUAUCAGAUUCUACAUUUGAAUGUAAUGAUAAUUUAGUAUCAGAAUCUAUGACUUCAACAUCACAAACUUUUACAUGUACCCUGGACAAAGUUUCAGUAGGUGCACUUGCUUUUAGUGACCAGAAUGACUUGACCCAGGUACAACAGAGGGAUCUAAAUGUUUUGCGCGGACAACUCGUAAAGUUACUUGAAUUGUCAGAGGGAUGUUUACCUCUAAUCCGGCUUCCUGUAGUAUACCACAAAAUGUACGGGAGGUCUCUUUGUGUUUUCGAAUAUGGGACAUCGAAACUUUCAUGA